AGCAGCAACAGCAGCAGCAGCAGCAGCAGCAAUAACAAUAAUAACAACAGCAACAACUACGGCGGUAUGAUGGAUGCCGAAACACUUGCAGCCGCUACCCCUCAAUACAGUGCCUGGCGCAACUAUAUCACAGGGGUGCUACAAGACAAAUACAUGCUUCUCAAGACCGAGCAUCUGGUGGGCCUAUUUAGCCUUGUAUUCAUCAAACACGAGCAACAGAUGCGCGCCAAAGACUGCCACUCGACCGUUGUGAAAACCGGACUUAAGGUGAUGAACAAAUGCUGGCACGGCAACAAGGGGGCCACAGCGAUCCGACUCUCGCUCGACGACUCGAGUCUAUGUUUUGUCAACUGUCAUUUAGCAGCAGGCCAAUCCCGGAUCGAGCAACGCAACGCAGACGCAGACGGAAUCUUCAAAACGGCCAAAUUCGUCUACAACAACAAGAGCCAUUAUGACGAUGAUGUCAUUAUCCUGGAUCAUGAGCAUUGUUUUGUCAGCGGCGAUUUGAACUACCGACUCGACACAUGGACGCGUCAGGAUGUGUUGGACUGGCUCAAGGAAGACAAUCGCCGCAGUAUGGCGUACCGUGAACUCCAGCUGCAUGAUCAGCUUUACAAACAGCGACAGCAGAAUCCAUUGUUGAAACUGGCCCUGUUUCGUGAAGCAGCACCAAUCCGAUUUGAUCCCACGUACAAGUAUGAUCCAGGCACGGACCAGUAUGACACUUCGGACAAGCAGCGUGUGCCUGCGUGGUGUGACAGGAUCUUGUACCGCAGCAGCACAACAUCUUGUGAAUAUUAUCGUCGUCAUGAGGUAAAAGCCUCGGACCAUCGGCCGAUCAGUGCUGGUUUCGAGGUGGCUGUCAAGACCGUGCGUCGUGGGGACUGUGAAAAGACGGCCAAGGUGGUUGCUCAAGCGUGGGAUAGCAAGCUGGCGUUGAUCGUACAAGAAUGCAAAGCCCGCUAUGUUGCUGAUAUAAGCAACAGCAGCAGCAGUACUAGUCUGGAGGAGGCACGACGUCAGCUAAAGAUGAAAGGAUGGAAUGUGCAACGUGUCAUCGAUGAGCACUCCGGGUAAAACCAACGACGGUAGUAGCUACUUGUUAGAGACAGUGAUUUGGAAAAAAUUCUGCGCUGUAUUUAAUUUAUAGUGUGGGUUUUCUGUAUGUGUCUUGUAUGAGAAAGAUUAGAGUUAAAGAAAAGGAGAAUAUAAAAUUUACGGCAAAGUCCUGAAAAUUUCCGUGGCGCCGAAAAAAAAAAAAAAAAA